AUGAUGCAAGGACAGGGAUUCACGGCGGGGUCGGACCGGUCGUUUCCUUUGGCGGAUCGUGACUAUCCAUUUCGAUCGGAACCGCCGUCUCCAGCGCUUUCAGAUCUGGACGACGGUGCUGUCACGCCUUCCGGACCAUCCUGCAGCUUCAUUCCCCUGCUAUCGGCAUCUCGGACUGACGAUGUUGAUGGACGCGAUCUCGUUGGCGCUUCCGUCUCGUGUGAACCGGGGACAGGGAACCGAGGCAAACUUCAAUUAUCGCGGUGCAGCUCGGAAUCCUUCCUGCUACAGGAGACAAGUCCGUUCACCACUCUUGCUCUUCCAGAUGCCAGCGAUGGCAGUUGGCUGGACCUAAGGCAUAAUCAUUCAUACGGUAGUUGCCGCGACGGCGAUGUUGGUUUCGGACUAUUUGGGGCGCAGCUGCAGGCGCCGGGCGUUCUUGAGCUGCUGGCCACUGAGGCGAGUUCUUCGUCAGCUCCUUUGUCGCCGUGGGAUUGGAGCGCCGGCUCAGGCGAGGUUGGAGCGACGAUAGAGGGACAACAUGCGCAAGGUUGCUCAUGGCGCAAACUCUCUGAAGACGUCCCGGGUGGGAAAGACGCGACAGCGUUAACAGAGCAAGAAAUCCAGGCGAAGGAGGGUGAGAUUAGCCCCAUCGUUGCGCACGCGGGAAGGCAAGGUGCCGCGGACGUGACGAAAGGCCCCCGGCUGGAGGGUGAUGGAGAAUGCAUUGCACCAAGCAGUCUCAUUCGUCACAUGGGCGCCCAUGUCUCUGACAGUGAGCUACAACCAUGCAGGGAGUUGCUGGGGACUGCACCAGGUGAACCAUCUAAAAGCGGGGCAUGCACCUCGGUGGUUGCAGAAAGAAUGGGAUCUUCGACGACAGCGAGUACCCAGUCUUCCUCUUUGAGAUCAAGUCCGCAUGACUGGAGCCCCAUGACACAAGUCCAGUGUCCCACAUUCACGCAGGCGGGUGCCGCGUACACGCAGUUAACGACUCCAUGGGCAUUCGGACAGGUACGCAAGGCAGCUCAGGAGAAUAUGCGGGAGAACAGUCUGCAUCACCGCGAGCAAGGGGUACGCCACAGAGCAGAGUGCUGCCGCGACUAUGCCUGGCAGACAAAUGAUUCAGGGGGAGCUACCCCCGUGGUCAGCCUGCAGCGCCCAGGAGCAGGAUUCCACCAAGGUUCCAGACACGAAAUAGGUGGACUCGCGGCAGAGCACGUGAAUAGGGCCGGUGGUAUGGGACAUACACCUUCGCCGAGAAACCUUCAAGUCACUCGCUGUGUGAUUGGAUAUGAGCACGGAAACACUUCAACCGACUGCGGAAGAGAUCGCACACCACGUGGUGCUUCUCACGAUAAAGAAUCUUACGAAGCCAGUCUCGGCUUUGGGACAAUGAAGUCAGCGAUGGCAGAAAUGUGUAUCAGCCCGUCGUCUCUGACGCGGUCCACAACGGCAUCGUCUAUGACCGCGUUGCCACCCGAUAAAGCUGAUCCCUCGUGGGUAGUUUCUUCUCCAUCAUGGUCUGAAACUGAUUCCGAUUAUGUACGAGGCAGUACGGGAGCAAGCUGUGAGGCUCCCAGUGAUGGUACGUUUCGUGGCUCAUACGUGGUAAGGGUUAACGAGAGAGUCAACCAAUCCUUGCCAGGGACGGUGAGUGUCUGCAUUGGACGUCCGGCGGCUAAUACGGUCUGCCCAGUCGGUGUGUGUGGCGCCGCCCAUACCCGUCAAGUCGUCCGCGAGGGUGUGGGGAUUUGGAGUAGGAACCAAGGAGUACUGGGGAAGGCCGACGGACGGUGGGAUCGUAUUGCACACUUCGGUGCUCCCAGACAGCUUUCGGUGGAGCGUGGCGUCACAGGAGUGGAGCACCAGAGGGAGGUUGUAGGCUGUCGACAGUAUCCAGAGAGGACAAUGUCACUCCCGUCGGCGUUCCAGUGCCCGAGCUUUGUUGGAUCCCGGCCGAUGGGCGCCAUGAGCGAAGUCGUCGACCCAUUCGCAGGUGUGCAGGUUCGUGGGCAGCCAGGGCCCCGUCCCAUGGACAUGGGUCGUCUUUCAAGAAAAGUCCAUUGUACGGUUCCGCCUUCUCGUUGCUUAGGAACAGGGGCAUUUGCGAGCCAUCCCGUGUACACGGGUUACGCAGGAGACACGAAUGCGCAUAUCCUGGUUCCAGAUACCGUGCCAGAUCAUGCCAGACACAUCACUUACAGCGGGAAGGGCGCAUGCGCAGGCCAUCGCCAGUACGAGGGGGUGGCUGAGGAGAGAAGAAUAACUGACCAGGCUUCGGGAGACCCCGCGUGGUUGAGCUGCUCCAGUGAGCUGCCAGCCGGUCACAACUCGGGAAGUGAAUACCAACACCUACCUGGCGCGUCGCCGUCAGCUGGAUGUCUGGUUGGUGACCUUACGUUUGCCGUGAAAUCAAGCCAUCACUACGGGGCUCCCACGGACGACUCAUCUGACCCAGAUCUACGACGCUUAUAUGAAUCCCAGGACCCCGGGGGCAGCUGCAGUGGAUGCAACGUCGAUAUGCCCGCGGGUACCAAACGAAGCAGAUAUGACUCUGAAGGGAUACUCUUUUCAGAAGCUGUCAUCAAGAAGGUUCGAUCGAGUGGUGAUAACGAAAAUGAGGGCAAAAGACCCCCCAUUUUCGAUACGGAGUCUGCUUGUCCGGAGGUGGAAACGGGGGCUUGGCAGACGCUAGCCCCGAAGCUCUCCAGUUGUUCCAGAGAAGAAUUAGAACGGUGUCAGGAAGACGGCGGCACGCAGUGCGACGAAGAUAGCAGCCUGCAGUGGCACGAAGGAUUCACACUUCCACUCGGCAAGGACGGACGUGGUGAACUGAUCAAGAGGAUGAGAAGUGUGCACAAAGCGGAUCGCGAGUUCUGUCGCUUCAGCCUUGAAGGCAUGGGCAUAGACUUCAAACGACUGGCCCACGCAACUGUUGAGGAAUUAUGGAAGAUAGCGUAUCGAUGGGGGCUCUUUGGUUACGCGGUCAAACUCUCGAAGAAAUAUGGAAAGACCGCAACCGGCCCCUCAAGGAAGAAAGCAGUGCAGGCCUUGUCAGCAGUUCCCAGCCUUCAGCCGGCCUCCUCGGAGUGCAAGCCCAGCAGGUAA